AUGGGCCCACCGCUCGAUUAUGAUCCCGCAACGCGCAAUGAUUUUGUGAAGUUGGUCCUUAGUCUUGUGUUGUUAAUGCUCGUGGUAACGGCGGGAUUCCUCGCGUUUGUGCUCACUACGCCUUCGGUUAAGGAUUUUUUUCGUACUAGCGGAUGGACCCUGUCAUUGUUUGCCAUUAUGAUGCUUUUGGGCCUGAACUACGCAAUCGUAUGCAGUCCGUGUACGCGGUAUCCGCCGGGCAACUUUUUAUUAUUGAUACUAACGUUUGACUUUACAAGUUGGAUGCUGUACGUGGUCGUUAUUGGCACUGCCUUUUCUGUUAUUGCAAUGAUCGUCUUAUUGACGAUGCUUGUUACUGGCACUGUCAUGAAACCGCUAAUACUAGUCAUCCUCAUCGUAGGGACAUUAAUAGAAGUUAUUAUGCUGACCAUACAGCUUCAAACCAUUCUUGGAGGAAGAUCCGUAGAACUCUCUGAAAACGACUACGCUCUAGUUUCAGAAACUUACCCUCGUGACUUUUGUGACAAACCUCGACGUGAGGAUAGCGAGGAACUGCGUAGGAAGGCGUUCAAGAUGUAUAAAAAAUACCUAGAGCAAAAGAAGGAAGAAGAUAGGUGUCCCCCUUACAUUUACGUGUGUCCACAACGCCAUAAAGAAUGUGCGUAUGGACAGGAAUCAAGCUGUUACGAUUCGACAUUCAAUAUUUUUUUGGUGAUCGUCUUUAUGAUACUUUCCGUUAUGCUUGCAUGCACGACAGGAUUUAUUUAUGUGGUGCUCCAUACUAAGAAAUACUUGCAUGUGCGUUAUGGGCCCAUACAAUUCUUUGCGCUUAUCGUUUGCGCGGUUAUGAAUGUCUUGAUACUAGUGAUAGAGCUACAGUUGAUAUUGGGAGGGAGGUCGAUGGACUUAGACGAAAGUGAUUAUGCGAUAGGAGCUUUUCUUCUGUAUACAGCUAUAAUAGAACUGUGUCUGUCUCUGGUUCAAGCCACGGGCAUCCUUGAAGAUAAUGAUGUCUGC